AUGGGAUUCCGCCGGUGCUUGUUUGUUUCCAAUAUGUGUUAUACACUUUCAAAAGUUGUGUUGCUUCAUCUCGUGGUUGUUAGCUCAUCAGUUUCCUCAUUGCAGCAAUCUUGUCAUGACGAGGAGAGGUCUGCCUUGCUGCAAUUCAAGGAAAGCUUCAUCAUUAACAGAUCUGCCUCGUAUUCUGAUGAUGCUUAUCCAAAGAUUUUGCAAUGGAAACUAGCUGAGGGACGAAACGUCAGCUGCUGUGCAUGGGAUGGCAUUGUGUGUGAUGAGAGGACGGGUCAUGUUAUUGGCCUUGAUCUUAGUAGCAGCUGUCUCCUGGGCUCUAUCAACUCCAACAGCAGCCUUUUCCGGCUUGUUCAUCUUCAAGUGCUGAACCUUGCUGACAACAACUUCAAUUCCUCUCGAAUUCCUACUAGCAUUGGGAAUUUCCCUGGGCUCAUGCAUCUUAAUCUCUCUCGUUCUUCCUUUUCUGGCCAAAUCCCUUCCCAAAUUUCACAGCUGGCCAACUUGUCGUCCCUUGAUUUGUCUUCCAACGAAGGUCUAACUGGUCAUUUUCCUGAAUUUAAUACAAGCAGUCCUCUCACUUCACUGUAUCUUAGCUCCACUAGCUUAUUCGGAAAUUUGCCUUCUUCAAUCGAAAAGCUUGAUUUAUUAAACACGCUGGAUUUGGCACGCUGCAAUUUCUCGGGUUUGGUUCCAUCUUCACUUGGUAAUCUUAGGCAGCUCAUACAUUUAGACCUUUCAAGAAAUAACUUUAAAGGUCCAAUCCCUAGUUCAUUGGCAAACCUCACCCAACUAAAGGAGCUCCAUCUUGGAAUGAAUGAUUUUAGUGGCUCCAUUCCCUCUGCUCUCGGUAGUCUCAACAAGCUCGAAGUCCUGUCACUUUUCCAUAAUCAUUUUAGCGGUUACAUCCCGGCUUCACUAGGAAAUCUCACCCACCUCACAGUACUUUAUCUGUAUUCGAAUCAGUUAACCGGUUCAAUUCCUUCUCUAGGAAAUCUCACCCACCUCACAUACCUUUAUCUGUUUUUGAAUCAGUUAACCGGUCCAAUUCCUUCUCUAGGAAAUCUCCCCCACCUCACAUACCUUUAUCUGUUUUCGAAUCAGUUAACCGGUCCAUUACCUAAUUCCUUAUCCUAUCUCAUCAAUCUCGAGGUAUUUGAUGCAUCUGAUAAUAAUCUGACUGGUACAGUGAAAAUUUUCACAGAAACAGAAAGUACGAAUGCAAGCCUACUUCCAAAGUUAAAAUCUGUAGGAUUGAGUUCGUGCAACAUAAGAGAGUUCCCAAGUUUCCUGCAGUAUCAAGAAACAUUGGUGUUCUUGGACCUUUCCUCCAACAAUUUGCAUGAAGUACCAAAAUGGAUGUUGAACACAAGCAUAGAGACUUUGGCGGGGAUGGACAUUUCUGACAACUUCUUUUCAAGCAUUGUCCAGCCUUCAGAUGCCUUUCCUUGGGUUAACCUACAAGUUUUAGUGCUCAAGAAUAACAAUCUAAAUGGAGCAAUUUCACCGUUGAUCUGCAGUCUGACUUCUCUUCAGUUCCUUGACCUCUCCAACAACAAUAUGAGUGGAAUGCUUCCCCCCUGUCUCGGAAACUUCAGCGAUGAUCUGCUAGGUUUAUAUCUUGGAAACAACUCUUUCAGCGGCUUUCUUCCUGAAAUAUAUACCAACACAAGCAGUCUGAGGGUGAUUGAUGUUAGUCAUAACCAAUUGCGAGGGCAACUACCAAGGUCGUUGGGGAACUACACGACACUUGAGUUUAUUGAUCUGUCAUACAAUAAAUUCAGCGAUAUUUUUCCCUUUUGGUUGGGAGCUCUUCCGGAGUUAAAAGUUUUGAAAAUGCACCAGAACGCGUUCUACGGUCUGAUGAAGGAACCUCAUCAGGACAAUGUUGAAUAUUUCCCUGAGUUACGAAUUCUGGAUCUAUCUUUUAAUAGUUUCAGAGGCAAAUUUCCAUCUCAAAAGAUCUUUUCCGGGAAUGUCAUGAGGGGUGUCACUCGAAACCAGUCAACAUAUAUGAAGGUAGACACAACUGACGAUGCUAAUAUAUUAUUUGAGGAAUAUUACUCAAUCACGAUAACUAGCAAAGGUGUGGAGAGAUAUUAUCCGAAGAUUCUAGAAGCCCUUGUAGCGAUUGACAUCUCAAGCAACAAAUUUGAAGGGAGGAUUCCUGAAUUUAUUGGGAACCUAAAGGGGCUGAUGUCAUUCAAUAUAUCUGGUAACUUCCUAACUGGUCCCAUCCCAUCAUCUUUCGGGAAUUUAACGUGGCUUGAAUCACUGGACCUUUCACAAAACAAGCUUUCAGGACAAAUCCCUCAAAGCCUCGCGCAGCUUACAUUCCUUGAAACAUUCAUUGUCUCUAACAACAGCUUGACAGGUCCAAUACCGCAUGGAACCCAACUUAUUUCAAUGGGUAGCAGUUCAUACGAAGGAAACCCUGGAUUGUGUGGAGAUCCUUUGCCAAAGAAAUGCGAAGAUCCUAAGGCUCCUCGCCUGUCGCCUUCAAAAACCGAAGAAAAUGACUCGAGCUCGUUUGAAUUUGAUUGGAAAUUUGUUUUGGCUGGUCUCGGAAGUGGGUUGGUGGUGGGAGUUGUUCUUUCUGAUGUGGUGAUCACAAGGAAGCGUGAAUGGUUUGUUGAGAUUGUUAAAACCAUCAAGCUGAUGAUAGGAAAUUCAUAA